AAUUAAAUUCAUGUUUAAUAUGAUAGAUUAGUGCCUCAUAUCCAUCUUGACUAGAUUCAAACUUGUAUACAGCAAAACUUUGUUUCUUUUUUUAUAUAGAUCUUGUAUUAUUUUUUAUUUAAAAACAUUCACCUUAACAUUUGUUUUAGCCUCCAAACAUAUUAGAUUGUUAGAGCACCUUGAAAAGAUUCUAGAUGCUGGGCAAACUAUAUAAAAGAAUUGUUUAGCCCUCGAUGUUGUCAAGUUUUUAUAUGUAUAAAAACCCUCAUUGUUUAUAAUACCAAAAAUAGAUCCUAAAUUACAAGGAUAGGUAGCAAAACCAAAAAUAAACAUGUCAACGACUUCACUGGGGAUCGAACCCAGAAUCUCUGGUUCCGUAGACCAGCGCCUUAUCCAUUGGGCCAUGAAGUCCUGCUUGGUAAUAAUUUCCAAUUUAUGGUUAAUAAAUUAAGAACAUUGAAUAGCUGAUUCGAUAACUUUAGCCAUGGCGUACUUACUGUGCUAUACAAUUGUAUGACCAAGACAACCUAUCUGACCAACCUUUUCUUGUCAAAAUCGGCAUAGACAUAGUUCUCGUUCGGUGGCACCAACAACAAAUAAUAAUAUUAACAAUUACUUAUAUUGUCUCUUUAGUGUGCCGGAUACACAUAGUAAAUAUGAAAAAGAAACAAUCUUUGCGUAGCAAGGCCACCCACUUUGUAUCUGUUCUUCUAAACCCCAUCUCUGAUCCUGACUCUCACAACAAACAACCUCCACCUCCAUCAGAAGAAGUAGGUGAGUUGAAGAUAAGUGCAUCUGAAAUAACUCAUGAAGAAGGUAGUCAUGAUUUAGUUGAUGGCCCUGAUACUUCAUCCUUCACUGCAUUCCUCUAUUCUUUUUUGUCUUCCUCAGACUCUAGGGAGAAUGCUAACUCACAUGAACAAAAUGAUGAACAAUGUGCACCUGAUACUAAUAAUAAUGGUAGUAGUCCUUUACCUGAUUCCUCCCAGAAGGAAAAUGGUGAGAGGAAAAGUUUGUUUUCUAGAAGUAAGCAAUCACUUGGUAAAGCUAUUCGCCAAGCUACCAGAAUCGGUGGAUUUCGCCAUCAGGAUCGGAAGGAUAGUAAUAAUAAUAUUGAAAUGAAAUUCAAUGAUGAGCAUGGUUCUAAAGUUUUUGGUGCUGAGAUGAAGCGUGUUGAGCCUAUGGAUGGUAUGCCAGGAAUUUCUGAAGCUUCAGUUCUUCUGUCAGACAGUAUAAGGAAUGUUCUUUAUGCUUCUCUUCCACCUCUUAUGCAAGGAAGGAAAUGGAUGUUGUUAUAUAGCACUUGGAGACAUGGUAUAUCACUUUCAACUCUUUAUCGGAGAAGCGUGCUAUGGCCUGGAUUGAGUUUGCUGGUUGUUGGAGACAAAAGAGGAGCGGUGUUCGGCAGCUUGGUUGAAACACCUCUAAGACCAUCCAACAAGAGAAAAUACCAGGGAACAAACAAUACAUAUGUUUUCACAAAUGUUUCAGGCCAACCUAUUAUAUAUCGUCCAACAGGGGAAAACCGUUAUUUCACACUUUGCAACACUGACUACAUAGCAAUUGGUGGAGGAGGUCAUUUUGCACUUUAUAUAGACGGCGAUCUACUGAAUGGCUCAAGUUCGGUAUCAGAAACUUACAAGAAUCCUUGCCUUGCAAAUUCUCAGGAAUUUGAAGUGAAGGAAGUAGAGUUGUGGGGCUUUGUACACACUUCAAGAUAUGAGGAAGUGCUUGCAUUGAGCAGAAGUGAGGCACCAGGGAUCUGUCGAUGGUAAAUAGAUAUGAUGUGAAUCAAGCGACCUGCGGUCAGCAUUUCAUGCAAAAGUCACUGCCUCCAUAGUGAGCAAUGCACUGAUAAUGGAUCAAUUUUCAUGUAUCCAAUUAUGUUUUCACUAACAAACAUCUGUAAAUAUUUUUACAUAGCCUGUGUACAUAGUAUUUGCACUUGAAGAAACUAAAUUUUGUACAUAAUAAAAAGCGGAGCAGGUUUAUUUGUUAUUGCAAAUUUCAAAAUCUAAUGAUGGAAAAACUAGAAA